GGUGCUGCGUGUGCGCCUGCAACUAUCCCGAUGGAACUGGAUGAGGCAGAACGUUUGGAGCAAAAGCGCAGAAAGCGCAGACAAAACGCGAAAAACAAAAGAAAGAGACGGAAGAAUGAAUUCUCUGGCUGGGAGGUCGACUUUGUCGAACCCGAACUGACUCCGGACGAGGUCAAGGAAAACACGGCACUCUACGACAGCAAGCUGCCACUCAUCGUUCGCAUGGAAAGAUUCAUUCAGCGCUAUCGUCUUCGGCGAAAAUGGAGCGACCCGGUGAGACUCCGACUGUUCAGCAUGUACCUGGCGUUCGGAGGAAUCGCGACUGGCCAGAAGCAGUUCACCGGUGGCAUUGACAUCGACAACGCCGAGGAUGCUGCGGAAAUUGCGACACAGUCGGCCGUCGACUUUAUUGACGAUGAGCGCAUGGAGAACGUCGAAGACGUUGAUUUUCUGUGGGUCGUCCGCACUUUCUUAUCAUCGUACUUGCAGCGGUGUGCCGGUAUAGUUGAAGAAGCCCAUUUGGCUCUGGCGGCACAGCUGAUCCGCAACUUUUUACGCAGUCUGCUGCACAAUAAUGUCGCUCCAGAGUUUGCGGACAACAUCCGCGAAGCCUGCGAGCUGUGUGUGCGUGCAGAAGUGGAGCUGGUGAGUUGCAAGCGGCUUUCCGUGGCACUUCCGGGUCGAUUGCAGAAUGCGCUCCGGGCAAUCUACACCGAGCGUGGGCUUUGGGACCCUCAGGAACGUGAGAGCUCCAUGUUCAAUUACUCUGGAUCCGCCGCAUCCGUCACAGAGUCAACCAUGACGGAUGCCGAAACCGUUGCUCCUUCUUCGUCUUUCACAGCUACGGAUUCCCCCACAAUUACCUCCACCUCAGAAACGGCGGCAGCCGUUCCUGAGGUGGAGAACAUGUGGGAGGAAGAUGUGAAUACGCCAGCAACGGAGCCGACAGCGAUGUCUUCGGCAACGGUUUCGCUACACGCGGACGCAGUCAGGCGCUUUACGACGGAGCAAGCAAUUGAGUACGUUACGAACGUUCUAGGUCCCACAGCCCUUGGAGGGAACAUUGUGGACUCUGAAGAUCUACUCGUUCGGUUGGAGUCGGUUCGGCCCUGGACGAAUAGGGUAGCGAUGCCAACUUCUGGACCUGGCGAAGUCCCAGAGCAGUUGGUAGAGGCGAGUCUUCGUGUGUCGGAUCCGCCAGGAAGCCUGUAUCCUCAGCAGACAAAGCGGACACAAUUUGUCGUUCUUUUCGAGAAUAGCCUUUUGACGAAUGUACGAAUUGGCACCUACCUCGAAGCCACAUUUAAAUUUUUGGACAAUGGACUCGUCAUACUCGAUAGCACAAUGUCUGUCAUGCCAACUUUCUACGAGGAGUAUGACGAUUAAGCGUUUGGUCUAACUAACACAACCUUCUUUUCGUGCUUGGCUCUCCAAUUCUAUUAUAUGUAUGCCCCCCCUCCUUAUCCCUCCACUUCUUGCUGUUCCCCCCCGCAUCCCACAUUGCCCACUCGCCAUCUGCAAGCCCCAUGUGCCCCCACCGUCCCCACAUCGUGCGGUCCACCCGUCAGCCGGACGCCUUCCAGUUCGGUCGAAGUGCUGUAAUUUCCCGUCCUCCCCAACAUGCAGCAAUCUGCGCAGUUGAUUACUGAAAACAAGGAAUUCAACGAGGACUUUCCU